AUGUCGAUGCAAAAGUUUGUGGCGCACUCCAAAACUGGAGAUGAAAACGAUGAAGAUACUAGCCGGUCAUUUGAUGAUCAAAUUAACACGAGUUUAGCUGAUGGAUGCGAAGCCUGUAAUGAUUAUAUUCCCCAGGUUGCAUUAGCUUCAAUUCCUCAUGAAAAUCAAAGUUUCCGAACAUUGGAUGAAGCUAAAGACUUCUAUAUUGCUUAUUCCAAAGAAAGUGGUUUUAGCGUCAGAGAAAGAAAUGACAGAAAAAACCACAAGCAAGAAGUCAUAUGGAAAAUGUUCGUCUGUUAUAAGGAAGGGACGAAGAAUAUGAGAUACCAAGAAAAAGUUAAGCAUGUUGUUCAACGAACUGGAGAACGGGAAAGAGGAGAUGUUAGAUGUAAGUGUCUGGCUAGGAUGACUGUUAUGCAAAUCAAGUUGUUGCCCGAAGAAUAUAUUUUGUCUCGUUGGACGCAAAAGGUAGGAUCACCAGUUUCUUUUCAAACGGUGACUUCUCCACUCACCCAAGCACGAGGAUAUUUAGAGCGUAGCCGAGGGUUGUCUGAGAAGUGGAAAUGGCUGAUCGAAAAGGCUGCUUUGACCGAGAAAUCUACUAUAAUGUUGCAUCAAAUGUUUGAAGAAGCAGAAAAAAAGUUAAAAGAGAAUGAAGUUGUGACCCACAUUGAUACACAAGAGUCAUUCUCGGGAAAAGAGCAGAAAGGUGAGGGUUUUGUAAGUGAUCCAACAACUAAUCGUGUAGUCCAUGGCCGUAAGCGAUUACUAAGUAUGCGAGAUAAGGCAAUUAAAAGUGGAGGCAAGCAUUGUCGCAAUUGUGGCAAAGUUGGUCAUAAUGCCCGUACAUGUCCUGAAAAUAAAGGCAAAGACAGAAUUGCUGAUGAAGUUGAGCCGUAUCGCCCGUCACCUUUAUCAAAUAAUAUCAUAGUCGAGGACAGUCAACAAAUGGCGGUUCGAGAUAUGAUCGACAAUGUGGAUGAGGGAUAUGAGCAUUUGGCGUUAAUUGAGUUUUAA